AUGUGCCAUGCUGCUGCCAAUGGCCAUUUGGAGGUGCUGAAAUAUGCACGUGCCAAAGGCUGUCCAUGGGGCCAAAACACAUGCCAUGCUGCUGCUGCCAGUGGCCAUUUGGAGGUGCUGAAAUAUGCCCAUGAGAACGACUGUCAAUGGGGCCAAGGGACCUGUGAAUGUGCUGCUUAUUAUGGCCAUUUGGAAUGCAUCAAAUAUGCCCAUGAGAACCACUGUCCAUGGGAUGAUAAGACCUUAAACUUGGCUGCUGCCAAUGGCCAUGUGGAAUGCCUCAAGUAUGCCCACGAAAAUGGCUGUCCAUGGGAUGAUACCGGUAGGGCCAUCUACAAGGCUGCUGUCAAUGGCCAUUUGACUUGCCUUAAGUACGCCCGCGAAAAUGGCUGCCCAUGGAACGAAUACGUAUGUGAAGCUGCUGCUAGCAGUGGGGAUUUGGAGGUGCUACAGUAUGCUACCGGUAUGGCAGAGAACCAACCUUGA